AUGGCCAAGGAGGGAGCGCAGCGAGCGGAGGAGACGGAGCAGAUGAUCGAGAAGGAGGGAGGCAAGGAGGCCGCCGAGGGCAGCGCCGCCGGCAGCCUGCGCGCUGCCGACGCCAAGGAGAUGAGAGCCGUGGUGCUGUCCGCCUUCGGGGGGCUCAACAAGCUCCGCGUGUCCAAGAGAGUCAUGCCGGAGCCCCGCGAGGGCGAGCUCAAAAUCCGCGUGAAAGCCUGUGGUUUGAACUUCAUUGAUUUGAUGGUGCGACAGGGGAAUAUUGACAACCCUCCUAAGACUCCACUUGUUCCUGGAUUUGAAUGCUCUGGAAUUGUAGAAGCUCUUGGAGACGGUGUGAAAGGAUUUGAGAUUGGAGACAGAGUUAUGGCUUUUGUAAACUACAAUGCAUGGGCAGAAGUUGUAUGUACCCCAGUAGAAUUUGUCUACAAGAUCCCAGAUGACAUGAGUUUUUCUGAAGCUGCUGCAUUUCCUAUGAACUUUGUAACUGCCUACAUGAUGCUCUUUGAAGUUGCUAACCUAAGAGAAGGCAUGUCUGUGCUGGUUCACUCUGCAGGAGGUGGGGUGGGUCAAGCUGUUGCUCAGCUCUGUUCAACUAUUCCCAAUGUUACGGUUUUUGGAACAGCUUCAUCCUUCAAACAUGAAGCAAUCAAAGAUUCAAUAACUCAUCUGUUUGACAGAAAUGCAGACUAUGUUCAAGAAAUAAAAAGAAUCUCAACAGAAGGAGUAGAUAUUGUUUUGGAUUGUCUGUGUGGAGAAAAUACUGGAAAAGGCCUCAGUCUUCUCAAACCACUUGGGACUUACAUUUUAUAUGGUUCAUCUAACAUGGUUACUGGGGAAACAAAAAGCUUCUUCAGUUUUGCGAAAUCGUGGUGGCAGGUUGAGAAGGUAAAUCCUAUCAAGCUGUAUGAGGAGAACAAAGUAAUUGCUGGAUUUUCUCUGUUGAAUCUACUUUUCAAACAGAAUCGAGGUGGCUUGAUCAAGAGUGUAAUGGACAAACUCAUAAAUCUAUACUAUAAUAAGAAGAUCAAGCCUGUAGUUGAUUCCUUAUGGGCCUUGGAAGAGGUCAAGGAGGCCAUGCAGAGAAUCCAUGACCGAGGAAACAUAGGAAAACUAAUUCUGGAUGUGGAGAAAGCACCUACUCCCCUGAUGGCCAAUGACAGCACAGAGACAAGCGAGGCUGGGGAAGAGGAAGAAGACCAUGAAGGGGACAAUGAGAAUAAAGAGCGCAUGCCAUUCAUCCAGUAACGGCCAGAGGUGGCAGAAGAAAAGCAGAAGGAUUGAUCAAGUAGAAGGGAACCAGACUGCGAAAUCUAUUCUGUGCAUCAGUGAACAAAUGCUGUAGUACAGUGUGUGUUGUAUUUGUCUGCAGUCAGCUGAGCUACGAGCUAUUGAUCAUUGUUGUUUUGAACUCAAGUGCCAUUCUCAUCCAGUGCAGUAUUAUGACAUUCCUGUGCGAUACCCAGUUUCCCUA